UGACGUUUCGGCGGCGCGCCGUGUAGUUUGUUUUGCGUUUGCUUGGGUCGUGGUUGACGCUGGAUAAGCAGAUACAUCAAUGAAUGAUUGGGUUGGAUCGAUUCCUGUAGAAAUGCAUUAGUGCUGUGAUCGGAUAUUUGAGUGGAGAGGGUUUAGGCGCGCAUUCCGAAGAAGUACGCCUGUUUUCGCCUGUUUAGUUCCGCGAGGCUGAUUUUCACAUUCAAGUGACGAGUGCAGUGCCAGGAAGAUAUCAAAGCAAGGAUGGCCUGUAUCAUCAUCCCUCGCACAAAAGCCUUGCAUUUUGUGAAGAAUUGUCUGCAUAAUGCAUUUGCUGGGAACAUCCAACGUCUUCCCCAAACUGCAGUGUCCCAACUAUGCUGUGGAAAUGUUCGUGGUCUAUCAUCAACAAUGACGCUGCGUGCAGGACCACCAGCUCCACCCACUGGUGGAAAGAAGGUGUUCCAGAGGGAUAAGCCACAUGUUAACAUUGGUACCAUUGGACAUGUUGAUCAUGGAAAAACAACACUCACGGCAGCGAUCACCAAAGUACUUUCGUCAAAAGGCAGCGCACAGGCCAAGAAGUACGACGAGAUCGACAACGCGCCCGAGGAGAAGGCGCGCGGCAUCACCAUCAACGCGGCGCACAUCGAGUACGCCACGGACGCGCGCCACUACUCGCACACCGACUGCCCGGGCCACGCCGACUACAUCAAGAACAUGAUCACGGGCACUUCCCAGAUGGAGGGCGCUGUGCUGGUGGUGGCGGCCACCGACGGCGUCAUGCCGCAGACGCAGGAGCACAUGCUGCUCGCCAAGCAGAUCGGCAUCGAGCACCUGGUUGUGUUCAUCAACAAGGUGGACGCCGCCGACGAGGAGAUGGUGGAGCUGGUCGAGAUGGAGAUCCGUGAGUUGCUCGACAAGAUGGGAUACGACGGCGAGAACACGCCAGUCAUCAAGGGCUCGGCGCUGUGCGCGCUCGAGGACAAGAGCCCCGAGAUCGGCGCUAGCGCCAUCGACCAGCUGCUGGCCGCCAUCGACCAGCACAUCCCGACGCCGGAGCGGGCGCUCGACAAGCCGUUCAUGAUGCCGGUGGAGGGCGUGUACACGAUCACGGGCCGCGGGACGGUGGUGACGGGCCGGCUGGAGCGUGGCACCAUCAAGAAGGGCUCCGAGUGUGAGUUCUUCGGCUACAGCCGCCAGCUCAAGACCACUAUCACGGGCAUCGAGAUGUUCCACCAGACGCUGGAGCUGGCGCACGCCGGCGACCAGCUGGGCGCGCUCGUGCGUGGCGUCAAGAAGGACGACAUCCGGCGUGGCAUGGUGAUGUGCAAGCCAGGCACGAUGAAAGCGCACGACCACAUCAAGUCGCAGGUGUACGUCCUGAAGAAGGACGAGGGAGGCCGUACCAAGCCUUUCACCUCCUUUAUCCAGCUGCAGCUGUUCAGCAAGACCUGGGACUGCGCCGCCCAGGUGGAGGUGAACGACAAAGAGAUGGCGAUGCCGGGCGAGGACGCGUCGCUGACACUGCGCAUGAUGCGGCCGAUGGUACUUGAGAAAGGCCAGCGGUUCACGCUGCGCGACGGCGUCACCACGCUCGGCACCGGCGUCAUCACCGAAGUGCUGCCCAAUAUGACGCCCACCGAGGUGGCUCAGCUCUCUGAGGGGAAGAAGAAGCGAGCCAAGCGGCUCGGCCUGCCGGUCGAGUAGCCGCGUCGCUCUGCAGGGGACGUGCGCGGCCGCGAUGCUCGUGUGAGCGGGCAGCGACCUUGUUAGUGUUUAUUUUGGGCGAGCCGGCGGCGCGGUCUCAGAUAACCAGGGCUGUCAUUUGACCAGUCACCAUGUCAGUCGUGUGUACGCGUGAGUGCUGUCGACUGUGCGCCCGUGGCGUUGUGGAGCGGUAUGGGAGUGCUCCCGCCUGCACCAGAUGGCGAGGCUGACCGGGCCAGGAGGUGCGGCGGCGGCGGGGCGGGCCUUGAGGCGAGCGUCCUGCGGCCCGUGCACCCAGCGCCAGGCUCCCUGCCCGCGCUCCACCACGAAGUAGUGUACUGUAAGGAGCGGAAGGAUGUACCGGCCUUUCUUUUUUCUGGCAAUUUUUUUUUGAGAAUAUACAGGAGAGACUGGAUAAAC